AUGCGAUCCAGCAUCGCCUGCGCCCGGUGCCGGCGCAGUAAGAUCAAGUGCGUCAAUGCCGGCAUCGACACCACCUGCCGGGCCUGCGAGUCCUCCGGCCGCGAAUGUGUCUAUCCCACCCCGGCCAUCGGCGUCACCGGGAAACGCGACCUAGCAACGCUGGCAGAAGGAGACGACCGGAAUGGGGAUUGGGAUGGUCCGAAACGCUCACGCCCACGCAAGUCCAUCGGCAUGUCAGGCGCAUCGCCCGGCUCCAAGGCUGGCCUGGAUGCGUUGGACUCGUCGAUCCUCACCACUAAAGUCUGGGAGGCGGUCUUUGACCUCUUCCAGUCACAUUUUGCGACCCUUCUACCUUUCCUACAUCCUGCGACUUUCCUCGGCCAGAUCCGACUCCUCUCGACACCUCCCGUCCCACCAUCAGUAGCUUCGCUAGAUGGCCAGGACUCGGCGCACACCUCGGCUCUCAAAUCUGACCCAUCAUCCUCGUUGAUUCCGCUCGGAGUGCUUGCGCUCACGGCUCGCUUCCACCCUCCUCUGGUGGCCUUCCACUCGCCGGCUUCACCUGGCCAUGCUUCCAAUCCUCUCGCCGCAUCCGAAUACUAUGCGACAGCUUUGCGCAGCCGGCUGGCCGGCCUGGAUGGCGCAAACCUUGCCCUACCCGACCUGGCUCGGGUACAGGCUUUGUUGAUGCUGGCGCUGCACGAAUGGGGGAUGUGUCGGGGAAAGAGUGCCUGGGUAUACGUGGGCAUGGCUAUCCGGCUCGCACAAGCCAUGGGCCUCCCAUUUGAAUUAGAAAACGAAUUCCCUACGCGCGACGUUUCCCGCUCCUCGCCUGGUUUCAAGACCGAGGCCGACCAUUUCGGCCUUAUCCGUCGUGCGGAGCCGAAGGAACUCACUUCCGACGACAUUAUUGCACAAGAGACGAAACGUCGGACCUUCUGGGCUUGCUUCUUGCUGGACCGGUGUCUGAGUAGCGGGAAGUAUCGGCCUCGGAUGAUCCGGGUAAAAGAACUCGGAAUUCAGCUUCCGAGUGAUAAUGCUUUUGCCUUUGGCGAGCGCGUACGAACGGCCCGUUUGAACGAGCCGACAACACGCCGUCCCCAGAGCUUCGGUUCACAGGGGGUGCAAAUCCCCAGCAUUCGGCAGAGCAUUGGCGGGUUCGGUGACGAGAAGCUUCAGACCGCUAAUGGCACAACAGACCCUAAGGCCUGGUCACCGAUCUCACGGCGGAAGGAUUCAAGUGAGGAUGAUGUGGAUCGCUGGGAGGUCGGCGCUGAAGAGUCAGUGCUCAGCCGAGUGAUUCGCAUUAUCCGCAUCUGGGGAAGCAUUGCCAAGUGGUCGUGUGCCGGUGGCCGACGAAACGAGCAGUAUCCGCCCUGGCACCCUGAAUCCCGCUUCGUAUCGCUGCGUAUGCAAUUGAACGAGUUCCAGGACAGCCUGUCCCGCAACUUGCAAUAUUCCCUGCGGAACACUGACACCCAUAUCAUGUAUAAGACCACCCUGGCCUCGUAUACUGUGAUGCACGUGGUCUACUUCCUGUCCGUCAUCGUCUUGCAUCGUGCUUAUAUUCCAUUCCUGCCUCUUCGUUGCAAUGAACCCGUGGGUCCACUGGAUGAGCCACUGUUCCCGUCUGAUAAGGUUAGCGGUCCUCCUGAGGCGUUCUGGCGUGACAGUGCUCGCGAGCUGUUCAAGGCUGCCCGCCAGAUGAUCGACCUUGUCGUCACUUGCCAGGCCCGGGGUGUCCUCGUGGAGAGUCCGCUGGUCGGCUUCGCGAUUUACAAUGCUGCCUUCAUCGGCGUAUAUGGUAUUCACUUCCCACAUAUGGAUCCCGAUGGUCUUCUCGGUGUACGAUCCCCUCCUGCGAACCACGACAGCCACCAGCCUGGUGCUGCCCAAGCUCGCAAGGCACUCGAUAUCUUGCGUGAAAUGCGACCCCGUCUGAAGAUGGCCACAGGCUGGUUCCGUACCCUCAACCGUCUGCACAGCUACUUCUCCAAAGUCAAGCGCGACUUCCGUCGGUACUCACGCAACCGGCUGGACAGCAUGUCUGACGCAUCAGAUCACGGCGCCCCCAAUGGCAUCCGACCUCUUCGUGAAGGUGGAUUUGGUGGCGGUCUGGAAGAGUUCAAGCUGCUCGAGAAGCUGUUCCUGGACUUUGGUACAAUUGAAGACCAGCUACCAGAGUCCCUCGACGACGAUGGCACCGCAAUUGCUAUGGCAGGCGAACCGAUGCCUGAGCGUACCAUGAAUCUCAGUGACGCCGGCAGUAAUGCCGUCAAGAGCGAUGUCGACGGCAGUGACAUCUUCGACGGUGCUGGUGGCCGUCGUGAGUCUUGGGUCCCCAUCAACAGCCCCGGUCUGCCGCCCCCAGGCCACGAGGGCGACCGCCGUCCCAGCCUACCGCUCCCCAACAGCCGGCCCAUGCCUUCGCAGUCGCCGUACUCGCUGCCUUCGCUGCAGCAGCAUCACCCGGAUGGGCCCAUGUACACCUCCUCGCCACCCAGCCUGCCCAGCAUCGCGGCAACCACCCAGUCACCCUCGCAAUAUCUAACCGCAACGACCAACCGUUUGCAGCCUAUCAACUCCUGGCUUCCAUCACGUCCAUCCGCACCGCCGCCCCCAUACUCCCAGUCGUUGCCUCCUAUCAAUGCCUCCGCAUCCAACGGCCUGCCUGUUCUCCCACCCCCAGGCUCAGUCACCCAGCUCGCUCCCUCGCCCCCAUUGACUUCUACCGAAGGACCUGACACGAGUCUGCUUUCGACAAGUCUAGGCGGUGAUGACGUGCUCGCCUUCUUGGAUGGUUGCGAGUGGGCACAGUUGUCGCUUACUGCUCCAUCCGAGGUAGGUAUUCCCGCUGGGUGGUUGAGCACUGUCUGGGCACAGUUUGCCCGGUAG